AGACGCAGCAGCAGGAAACCAUCAUGAUGGCCCGUCUGUCUUCGCUCUGCCUCGUCUUCCUCUGUGAGUAAAUCACCUCCAGCUGUUUAUUUACAUUAUUUAAAAGGUUUUCCUCUCAGUUGAAUUUAUUUUGGUAAUUUAAACACGUGACUGUAAAAUGUUGUUAACGAAUAAACUAUUCAAACUUUGGAAGAACCCAAACAACUGGCAAAAUUAAAAAAUACUCUCAGCUUUUCAUCAUGGAACAAUAAAGGUAUAAAUCAUUUAGAGAACAUUUAAAGGAACAGAGAAUGGGAGUCGAAACCAGGACGGCCUCCGUAUUGGGGCGGCCGCUCUGACCUCUAGAGACAACACUUCUGAUGGAACAGAUUUAAUCCUUUCAAAGCUUUCAGUUCAAUGUAACUGAUUGAUUUUCAUUAAUUCAAAUCGAUUAUUCAGACAAAAUUUAAGAGUAAACAUGUAAAUACAGAACUUCCUUAAACGUAAAGCCCCAAAGUUAUUCUCAAAACCCUUUUCUGAACUUUCAGAAGUAGAUAAAAUAAUCUCACUUCCUAUCAGUAAAUAUAAUGUAGAUUUAUCUGCAGAUAAAGUAUUUGCAGGUCAGAGUUUUAACUGUUCGACCUUCACCUGGAGAUUCUUGCUGACAUCAUAAAAAUAAAACAGAAGCCAGAACUUUAACAUAAAGAACACGACUUAUUAGAUCUGAAAUGUGCUCAGUACCGCAGUGUGGCCACUGGGUGUCACUGUGGUGAUGGACUCUGACCCCAACAUUCAGAGUCACAUAAAGACAGUUACAAAGUCGGCCUUCAGUCACCUGAAGAACAUUUUCAAACUGCACAGAUGCUGCAGCUGGUCCUCCAUCUUCUUUCUGUGGACUCCAAGUCAGAUCCUCUUUCUCAGCUCCUCCUUGUUUCCUUGUUCUUCUCCCUUCUUCUUCUGCAUCAGUAGGAUUUUUCUUUACUUCCUCAGACUAACCUGCUCAGCCAGAACAACAACAACCUGCACUGAUGCAUUAUUUUCUGCAGGGCUGCAGGUUGACGACAUCAGAACACUUGAAGUUCUGAGACAAUAUGGAGUUUCUGGGGAAGACAUCAUGAUUUCAUGUGUCUCUUUCUCAUCUGGAGCCUGGAAGUUCUUCUGCAGGGAAACCUGUGAAGGAGAAAACCUCCUGAUCAGAACGAGUGAUGACACAGCUCAGAUCGGCCGAUACAGAACUGAAUAUGUCCGGGAAGCUUCCAGAACUUUCUCAGUUCUGUAUGUGAGCAUCUCCGAGCUGACCCGGUCCGACGCCGGUCGGUACCGAUGUGGUUUGAGCGACUCUUCAUCAUCAGCUUCAUUCCUGGACUUCAGGCUGGUUGUUGUGGACGAUCUGCUGGAUGGAAACAAAGUUCCUGACCUCCUUACAGAAGCCGGCAGCUCAGUGACAGUCGCCUGUUCCUUUGAAGACUCUGGGAGAAAACGACUGUUCUGCAGAGGAGAAUGUGGAAACGAAGAAGUUCUGGUUCAGACUGAUGGAGUCAGAGCUGACAGAGGCAGAUACAGCAUUGAAUACGAAAAAAGACAAAAAUCAGCGGUUCUGUUGGUGACCAUCACACAGCUGGUCCAAUCUGACUCCGGACGGUACCGAUGUAAACUGGACAGAGCCAUUCGAUCAGAUCUAGACAGAGACUUUUACAUCACCGUCACUGAUGCAGUCGACCCGUCCAGCUCCACACCAACAACAACUGACCCGUCCAGCUCCAGUUCAGCAGUUGGCCCGUCCAGCUCCACACCUCCAGUACCAUCACAGACUUUCAGCUCCAUUUCAUCUCAUGUUUUCACAAACAGCCCAACCAUCUCCACAGCAACAACUCAGAGAUUCAACUCCAGUUCAAGAAAUUUCACACAUCAGAGAUCUUUUAAAACCAGUAACGACUCGGUUCAGUUUCAGGAAAACAAAGAAAAACCUUUCCUCUACGUUCCUGUGAUCGUUGGUGUGACUCUGGCUGCCAUGGUGGUUCUGAUCUCAGCAGCUCUGACGGUUUUCUGCAGGAGAAGAUCUCUGGGAGAUGCAGAGAACCAAGGAGCUCCAGCUGCAUCAAAAUCCAUAUAUGAAAACUCCACUUUUGAGAAUCCCAUCUACCAGGACCUCAGUUAUGUCACCAAAGAAGAGAAUCAUAUCUAUUGUACCAUAGAAAACGACAAAUAAGAUCCUGGAAUCUGGUUCUGAGCCUAAAGAAUAAUGUUUGUUCUGCUUAAAUCAGAAUAAAAUGGAAUUAGAAAAUUCAUUCUUGCAUCAUCAAUAAAGAGUUUGACAUGUAGCUUCAUAUUAUUGAAUAGUUGUUGAUAAAGCUGUGGGUCAGUUCUCUGAACCGAGGAUCCAAGUCUUUGUCAUAAAAUGGACAAAGAUAAAAUGGGAAACCUGUUUGGUACCACAAGGCUGGAUCCUGGGACCCUCUGAUUCAAUACCCACAUGUUCCUGCUGGCUCAGCUUCUAAUAAAAAUACAUUAUGAUGUCACCAGGUGACUCUGAACCAUCCAAUCACUGAACAGAUUUUUAGAUGUGUGGAUGUGCCAAAACUCUCUGAACAGAAACUAAACUGAAGUUAAUAAAGAGGAGCAAUCUAGAGUUAUAGAUCUAGAGUCAACACAGCUUCAGUUAUUACAGCUGGAAACUAGAGGUCAUGCUGACCUCUGACCUCUGACCUGAACGUUCAGAGUCACAUAAAGUCAGUUACAAAGUCGGCCUUCUGUCACCUGGAGAACAUUUCCUGGGUCAGAAGAGUAAAGUUGUAAAAUUCAACUUGAUUUACAGCAGAACUCAUAAAAUCCUCAAAGGGGAUCAGUCACAGGAAUCAGGUAAAAUAUGUUAAAUAAAAUAAAUAUGAUUAAUAUAAUUCAUAAUAUAAAUAAUAUUAUAUUUAAUUUGAUAAGAAAAUAAAUAUUCAUCCACACAAUAUAAAAUUUGCUGAUUUUUUAGCAACAAUGAUUUAUUCAAAAAUCCACAAUACUAAGAAAUAGAUAAAUAAAUCAAUAAUCAAAAAUAAUUACAGGUUAGAUUUAAAUCACUCAGUUUAUGUCAGCUAAAUAAUUAAAUGUCCAAACAUUUCUGUUGUUCUUUAAUGAGAAUGAUGUCUGAAGAGUCCCAUAUCCUCAAAAAACAAAACAAAGUCCUGCAAGCUUUUCCUUGUUUUACUCCAAAGUUCCAAUCCAACAUAAAAAAUCCAAAAAAGAUGAGAAUAAAGAGUGGUAGCACCAAGAAUCCCCAAAAAGAAAAAUAAAGUCCAGAUCUCACUGGGAGUGUCUUGGUGCCGUCCUUAAGCGCUCGAUCUGCGGCUCGAUCUGCGGCUCGAUCUGCGGCUCGAUCUGCGGCUCUGUGGCGAACGUUGAAUGCUGUUUUCUGUCUUUUCUUUGAUUUUUUUACAUGUUUUAAACAUUCGAUCAGGUCAAAUCUCCUGCUGCACAGAUCUGACUGUGUGUCACUUUUUAUUCAUUAGUUUCAACCAGACCUAAAACCAGUAGGAUGCUGCACAAAAUCAGUUUUAAACAGUGGAAAUACAGAAUAAUUUAGACAAUGGAAUAAUUUACUCUUUAAUGAAUUUAUUCAGAGAAAAACCAACAGAGUUUAUCGCUGAGCUCCUUUAAAUCAAGGAUAAAAUCCCACCUGCUUAGAUCUGAAUUUAUUAGUAAUAAAUGGAACAUUGAUCAAUAUAUUUGUUCUAUAUUUUUUUGAUGAUGAUAUUUCUAUUUUUCUUUCAUAAUUAUUUACUGUAUUGUGUUUUUAUGAGGUAAAGCAUUUUGAACUUCCUGUUUUAUAUAAAUAAACUUGACUUGACUUUCCUGGCUUCAGUUGCCCCUGUCUGACCUUUGACCCUGCUCCCUGCAGAGCAGCAGUUGAGCUAUCAGGUUGAUCUGUCCUCAGUUAACAUGAGGACAGUUUCAUCCCUACAUCCUUCGCUCAGACUGCCUGCAAUGACCAGUCAUAUCCAGCAGAUGUCGCUAAUGUCACGUUCAGGUGAAGAAGACGUUGAUCCUCCAUGAUGCUUCACCUCCCAUCCUUCAGCCAGGUGACAAAGAAACAACAUGCAGGACAGUUCCUUCUGCGGAGCAGCUUUACCUUUAACAUCUUUACUUUAUGAAAUAAAUAAUAUUUAGCUGAUCUCAU